AUGAAAAGUCUCAAAGUUCUCAUCAGUGGCGCUGGAUGCGCCGGUCCUGCGUUGGCGUUCUGGUUAGCUCGCGUUGGCCAUCGUGUCACCGUCGUCGAGCGAAACACUUCCCUUCGCACAUCAGGCGCCCAGAUUGACAUUCGUAACCAAGGCGUCGAGAUCAUCAAGCGCAUGGAUCUACUAGAGAAGAUCCGUGAGAAACUCGUUUAUGAAAAAGGAGCACAAUUUAUCAACUCAGCUGGGGAGGUAACGGUGACACUGGGAACAGGUAACCAAGCUGCGACAUCUGAGUACGAGAUCAUGCGUGGAGACCUAGUCAACAUUCUCUAUAACGAGACAAAAGACCACGAUAAUGUCAAGUACAUCUUCGGUGAAACUGUCGAGAGAUAUGACGAGAAGGAUGAUAAAGUCGUCGUUCAGUUCUCAGACGGCUCGCAUGAUUCUUUCGAUCUACUUGUUGGCGCAGAUGGUCAGGGAUCGCAUAUUCGAUCAACUAUCCUCCCACCGGGAAGCAAUGAAUAUCGUAAACUGGGCGUGUACAUUGCUUACUGGUUCAUUCCACAUAUCGAGACUGAUACCAACUACUUCACUUUCUACUCAUGUCCUGGUCGGCGGUCGAUAUUACGGAGAUGGCAUGAACACAGUGAUACGCAGGUAUACUGCGUUUUCAAAGACACCUGUAACCCUGACAAAUUCGAUGAGCUUAUGAAAGCACCUGUUGAGACGCAGAAGAAGUUCUGGGUGGAGAAGUUCCAUGAUGCGGGAUGGGAGACGAGUCGAUUCCUUGCUGGUCUUGACAAUACUACGAAUUUCUAUUGUCAGGAGAUUGUGCAAGUGACUACUGAUACAUGGUCCCGAGGUCGAGUGGUUCUGCUUGGGGAUGCUGCGCAUUGUCCGUCUCCGAUGACAGGCCUUGGGACUACGAGUAGUCUCAUUGGGGCGUAUGUUUUGGCUGGUGAACUUACGCAGAAUUCUGAUGAUUUGCCCCUGGCGCUCAAGAGAUACGAUGAAACGCUAAGACCACUUGUCAAUGAGGCUCAGGAGAUUAGCUCAUUCAAUCUGAGGCUUAUGUUUCCUCAGAGUCAGUGGGCUAUCAAUGCGAGGUUGGCCGCUUUGAGGUUUCUAUGUUGGCUGGGCAUCCCAAGUUUUCUUGAGCGAUUUGCGAAUGAUACUUCCCCUUGGAAAAUGCCUCAUUAUCCAGCGUUGGACAAAGAUGAGAAGAGUUGA